AAGACGGGGAAAUGCAGUUUCUAGCAUUCCCGCAUAAGCCUUACUCCAUUCAGAUCGAUUUCAUGAAGGCCCUUUACGAGUCCCUCCAGAAAGGAGGCAUUGCCAUGCUCGAAAGCCCCACUGGAACUGGCAAAACUUUAAGUAUAAUUUGCAGUGCUUUGCAGUGGCUUGUUGAUAAGAGGCAACAAAAUCUUGACCUUGUUAAAGAUGGGUCUGAUUUAAAUCAAAAUUUGAAACAUGAGGAUCAUCCAGGUUCGGAUGGUGAGCCCGAUUGGAUGAGAGAAUUUACUGUGAAUAAAGAAAGCGAGUCCCCUCUAGAUAGGAAGACAAAAAUCAAGAAAAAUGUGGGUUUUAGAUCGAAGAAAUGGAAUAAGAAGGGAAAAGAGGAAUGCAGUACUAUUAGAGAUAUAUUUAACCGUACUGGAGUUGGGGGAGAUGAAGAUGUUGAUGAGAGAGAGGUAAAAGCUUCGAAAUUGAAGAGUGGGAUCGAGGAGGUCGAGGAUCACGAGUUUUUGGUGGACGACUAUGAGAGCGAAGGCGAAGAUGGCGUAAAGUUGAAAAGGAGGGAUGGUGGUGGUUAUUCAGUUGAUUCAUCGAGCGAGGAGGAUGGACAGGAAGAUGGAUUUGACGAGGAGGAAGAAGACUCAAGACCGAAGAUUUACUUUUGCAGCCGAACUCAUUCACAGCUUUCUCAGUUCAUAAAGGAGUUGAGGAAGACUAAGUUUGCUAGUGAGUUGAAGGUUGUUAGUUUGGGGUCAAGGAAGAAUUUCUGCAUCAAUGAAGAGGUAUUAAGACUAGGUAAUACAACAAGCAUAAAUGAGAGAUGUUUGGAGCUUCAAAAGGCCAAGAGCAAAAGAGCAUCCAAAAUGAUGAACUUAAGUGCUGGGAGAAGAGUCCGGAGGAUGAAGGCUUCCUCUGGAUGCCCAAUGCUUCGAAGUCGCAAAACAGAACGAGAAUUUAGGAGCGAGACAUCUCAUCAGGGUCCCCUGGAUAUUGAAGAUCUUGUUAAGGUUGGGCACAAAGUGGGCACUUGCCCUUAUUAUGGUUCAAGAAGUAUGGUACCGACUGCAGAUCUUGUGAUUCUUCCAUACCAAUCUCUUCUGUCAAAAACGUCUCGGGAAUCACUUAAUUUAAGUUUGAAGAACAAUAUUAUCAUCAUAGAUGAGGCUCAUAACCUGGCUGAUUCUCUCAUUAGCAUGUAUGAUGCGAAAAUUACUUCUUCACAGUUAGAGCGUAUACAUUCCCACUUGGAGAAGUAUCUUGAGCGAUUCCAAAAUCUCUUAGGACCAGGCAAUCGAAGAUAUAUUCAGACACUGAUGGUACUCACUCAUGCUUUUCUACAAUCCAUAGCUUAUCCGAAGGGUGCAAACUAUGUUGAUCCUUUAAGCAGUGGCAGUGAAGUUCAAAGUGACCUUGACUUUUCAAUUGGUAUAAAUGAGUUUCUAUUUUCCCUGAACAUCGACAACAUAAACUUGGUUAAACUUCUACACUACAUAGAAGAAAGCAACAUUAUCCACAAGGUCAGUGGAUUUGGAGAUAAACUAGCUAUGUUGCAGAAUGAUGUUGCACUUGAAGGAACUACAGCGGAAGCAAGCACUUUAUCUGGCUUUCGGGCAUUGGUUAGUCUGUUGUCAUCAUUAACAAAUAAUGAUGGUGAUGGGAGGAUAAUUAUUUCAAGGGCAAGAGUAAUAUCUUCAGUACAUGAGAGGGGAUAUUUGAAAUAUGUGAUGCUUACUGGGGAAAAGAUAUUUUCUGAGGUUGCAAGUGAAGCACAUGCUAUCAUCCUGGCUGGAGGCACUUUACAACCUAUAGAGGAAAUUAAAGAGCGACUUUUCCCAUGGUUACAACCUGAUCAGUUGCACUUCUUUUCCUGUGGUCAUAUAAUUCCUCCUAAAAAUAUUUUACCUGUUGCGGUUUCACAAGGGCCAUGUGGUCGGUCCUUUGAUUUUAGCUACAGUGGAAGAAGCUCCUCAAGCAUGAUUGAAGAGCUCGGGAUGUUGCUGUGUAAUUUGGUAGCUGUGGUUCCUGAAGGAAUUGUUGUCUUCUUCUCAUCAUUUGACUACGAGGGCAAGGUUUAUGAGGCAUGGAAAGAAUCUGGCAUCCUUGCAAGGAUCAUGAAGAAGAAGCGCUUAUUCAGAGAGCCCAGGAAGAAUACAGAUGUGGAACUUGUCCUGAAGGAGUACAAGGAAACAAUUGAUGAAUUGUCGAGUACAAAUGCCAAAUACAAUCCUGCACCGUGCAGUGGUGCUGUUCUCCUCGCCAUUGUGGGUGGUAAGAUAUCAGAAGGUAUCAACUUAAGUGAUGGGAUGGGCCGAUGCAUAGUCAUGGUUGGACUGCCCUAUCCUAGCCCGUCAGAUAUGGAGCUGAUGGAGAGGGUGAAGUAUAUUGAAGGACUUGAGAGUUCACUUGUCAGUAAAACCCAGGCACGGUUAGACAUCCUAAAAUGCUGCAAGCACAGGGGAAGACAGUAUUACGAAAAUAUUUGCAUGAAAGCGGUUAAUCAAUCUAUUGGUAGAGCAAUUCGUCACAUAAAUGAUUAUGCAGCUAUAUUGUUGGUUGAUGCACGGUAUGCAUCUGAUCCGUCAAGAAGGAGCUUUUCCCACGUUUGUGACAAGCUCCCUCAGUGGAUUAGGAGCCAUCUCAUUCCCUCACCUGGGAACUAUGGAGCAGUCCAUAGACUGUUGCACCAGUUCUUCAAGUUUCAUAGAAAGGAAACGAGUAAUCAGUAGUGUACAUUUGUAGAAAAGAUCGUGAAGGCAUCGUAAUGUCUGGUAACCAUGUAUCGGUUGUGGUUUUCUUUCCAUUUGUUGAGCGGUUGAUAACCACCAUAAAGAUAAUACUUGUCCACAGAAACAAUCAGCAGAAUGAAAAAUUGGCUUGCAUAUGGCAUCAAUAUCUUCUCCUCUUUUCUUAGGGCUUGAUUUUGUAUAUAGUAUUAUAGGAUGAUUGAAGAUCCAAAAUGUUGCACAGCCAGGACAGACUAAAAUCAUCUUUGAUUACGAUGAGCUUCUGAAGACCUGUCUGAUAUACAUGCUUGAGCAAAUCCGAGAAGUGCAGAUCCCACCAACAUGUAAGCAGGGAGGCAAAUCGAGCAGUGGAUUUUUUGGAUAAGGAAGAACUAAGCCAGAAAGGGACCUUGUAUUGUUACUUUAAACUCUUAGUCUGCUGGAACAGCCUUAUUAGAUUAUGUAAGAUGGGUUUCGGACCAUUUUGUU